AUGUUCCAUCGGGUCAGAAGUGCCACCGAGUCCGCCACCAGUGCUGGCCCGAUGGAGGAGCACCGCGGAGGUCUGACGCUGCUGGGGCCGGGCUGGUCCGCCCGACCGGGAUCGGAAUGGUCCGGCGGACCGGGACCGGAGUGGUCCGUCGGAACGCCAGAUCGACCCCUGCGCAUCGUCGCCAUCAACGACUUCCCGUUCAUCUCCGUGCAGCAGCGGCCUGAUGGCUCCGUCACUUAUGGUGGCUUCCUCGUCCAGUUGUGGCAUAUCAUCGCUGAAGAGUUGGGCCUCAGCUACAAUAUCUCGGCUCCGCUCACCGACGGCUACGGCAGUCAAACCACAAACGGCACCUGGACAGGAGUUAUUGGGGACCUGGUCUACGGGCGCGCCGACCUGGCGCUGACUUCCUUGACUCCCACACCUGCUCGAACGGCCGUGGUUGAUUUUCUGGAUAAGGUUCCAUGCUUGACCUCCAUCACGACGUUCCUGGUGCGUCGCGACACGGCGGUGACGCCGUCCCUGUCGCCUGCCGUGUUCGCCGGCCUGCUGCGGCCGCUGGGCGCCGACGUCUGGUGGACGCUGGCCGCCAUGCUGCUGGCGCUCUCGCUGGUGCUGCGCCUCUCGCUGCGGUUCAACAGUGCCAGAGCCGAGGACGGCCGGCUGGUGCGCGACAUGGGAUGGGGCUCGUGUCUGCUGGCCGUUGUCAUGACCGUGGUGGGCCAGGGCUGGGACAGGACGCCGCAGUCGCUGGCCGGCCGUACGGCCACCAUCUUCGGCUGGAUGCUGGGAAUUCUGAUUUACAUCAACUACACGGCCAACUUGAUGUCGUUCCUUACGACGCACACCGUCAAACGACCCAUCAGCAGCUUGCGCGAGUUUGUCAAACAGCCCGACUGGAUGCCAGCACCCGAACCAACAUCAGCGCGCGGUGCUGACGAGCUAAUCUCCACGAAUGCGCUGAUUCAGAGUGCUGAGCGGACCGAGAGGUGA